GUCCUGUGCGUCCCCAGGAUGGCCGGGCCAUGGCGGCGGGCACAGGCUACGUGCGGCUGUGGGGCGCUGCGCGAUGUUGGGCGCUGCGGCGGCCACUGGUGGCCGCCGCCGGAGGGCGGCUUCCGACUGCCGCCGGAGCGUGGUUGCCUAGAGGCCGGCGGGCCUGCGACGCCUCGCCUCCCUGGGCGCUGUGGGGUCGAGGCCCCGUGGCCACGGGCCAGUGGCGGGGACUUUGGGAGGCGAACAGCCGCGGCGGCGGCGGCGGCGGCGCAUUCUCCAGCAGCGAGGAUGCUUCCGAGGGCGGCGCGGAGGAUGGAGCCGCGGGAGCGGGCGGCAGCGCAGGGGGUGGGGAAGGCCCGAUCAUAACGGCGCUGACUCCUAUGACGAUUCCGGACGUCUUCCCGCACCUGCCGCUCAUUGCAGUCACCCGCAACCCGGUGUUUCCGCGCUUCAUCAAGAUUAUCGAGGUUAAAAAUAAGAAGUUGGUUGAGCUGCUAAGAAGGAAAGUCCGUCUUGCCCAGCCAUAUGCCGGCGUCUUUCUCAAGAGGGAUGACAACAACGAGUCUGACGUGGUCGAGAGCCUGGAUGAGGUCUACCACACGGGGACGUUUGUCCAGAUCCACGAGAUGCAAGACCUUGGGGACAAGCUGCGCAUGAUUGUCAUGGGACACAGAAGGAUUCACAUCCACAGACAGCUGGAGGUGGAGCCCGAGGAGGCCGAAGCCGAGAACAAGCAGAAGCCGCGCAGGAAGGCGAAGCGGGGCAAGAAGGAGACGGAGGAGGAGCUGAGCAGCGGGCAGCACGUGGAGGUGAUGAUGGAACCUGCCUCGGGGCCCCCCGGCGAGGUGCUCAUGGUGGAGGUGGAGAAUGUCGUCCACGAGGACUUCCAGGUCACGGAAGAAGUGAAAGCCCUGACCGCCGAGAUCGUGAAGACCAUCCGGGACAUCAUUGCCUUGAACCCGCUCUACAGAGAGUCUGUGCUUCAGAUGAUGCAGGCGGGCCAGAGGGUGGUGGACAACCCCAUCUACCUGAGUGACAUGGGUGCCGCGCUGACCGGAGCCGAGUCCCACGAGCUGCAGGACGUCCUGGAGGAGACCAACAUUCCCAAGCGGCUGUACAAGGCCCUGUCCCUCCUCAAGAAGGAGUUUGAGCUGAGCAAGCUACAGCAGCGCCUGGGGCGCGAGGUGGAGGAGAAGAUCAAGCAGACGCACCGCAAGUACCUCCUGCAGGAGCAGCUGAAGAUCAUCAAGAAGGAACUGGGCCUGGAGAAGGAGGACAAGGACGCCAUCGAGGAGAAGUUCCGCGAGCGGCUCAAGGAGCUCGUGGUCCCCAAGCACGUCAUGGACGUCGUGGAUGAGGAGCUGAGCAAGCUGGGCCUGUUGGACAACCACUCCUCUGAGUUCAACGUCACUCGUAACUACCUGGACUGGCUGACGUCCAUCCCAUGGGGCAAGUAUAGCAACGAGAAUCUGGACUUGGCCCGGGCCCAGGCAGUGCUUGAGGAGGACCACUACGGGAUGGAGGAUGUCAAGAAGCGCAUCCUGGUGAGACCCCCCGCGCCCCUCAGGCCAAGUGGUACCCUGAGAUCCUGGUGCUGUCCGCGAGCUGGGCCUGUGGGUGCCGGCGUGGCCAGCCCCAGGCGGGCGGGGGGUCAGCCGCUCCUGUUCUGCUCUGCCCCCAGGCGGACAUAUGUGGGCGCCAUGCCAGGAAAGAUUAUCCAGUGUCUAAAGAAGACCAAGACGGAGAACCCCUUAAUCCUGAUAGACGAGGUAGACAAGAUAGGCCGGGGCUACCAGGGGGACCCCUCGUCAGCACUGCUUGAGCUGCUGGACCCCGAGCAGAACGCCAACUUUCUGGAUCACUACCUGGACGUGCCUGUGGACCUGUCCAAGGUGCUGUUCAUCUGCACGGCCAAUGUCACCGAGACCAUCCCCGAGCCACUGAGGGACCGAAUGGAGAUGAUCAACGUGUCUGGCUACGUGGCCCAGGAGAAGCUCGCCAUCGCAGAGCGGUACCUGGUGCCUCAGGCCCGAGCCCUGUGUGGCCUGGACGAGAGCAGGGCCAAGCUGUCGUCCGCCGUGCUGACGCUGCUUAUCAAGCAGUACUGCCGGGAGAGCGGCGUGCGCAACCUGCAGAAGCAGGUGGAGAAGGUGUUACGGAAGUCUGCCUACAAGAUCGUCAGUGGCGAGGCCGACCUGGUAGAGGUGACGCCCGAGAACCUGCAGGACUUUGUGGGGAAGCCCGUGUUCACCGUGGAGCGCAUGUACGACGUGACGCCCCCCGGCGUGGUCAUGGGGCUGGCCUGGACCGCCAUGGGAGGCUCCACGCUGUUUGUUGAGACAUCCCCUCGGCGGCCCCGAGACAAGGACAGCAAGGGGGACAAGGACGGAAGCCUGGAGGUGACAGGUCAGCUGGGGGACGUGAUGAAGGAGAGUGCUCGCAUCGCCUACACCUUCGCCAGGGCCUUCCUGAUGCAGCACGACCCCUCCAAUGAUUACCUGGUGACCUCACACAUCCACCUGCACGUACCCGAGGGUGCGACCCCCAAGGAUGGCCCGAGUGCCGGCUGCACCAUCGUCACAGCCCUGCUCUCCCUGGCUAUGGACCGGCCGGUGCGGCCAAACCUGGCCAUGACGGGCGAGGUCUCCCUCACAGGCAAGAUCCUGCCUGUGGGUGGCAUCAAGGAGAAGACCAUAGCGGCAAAGCGUGCUGGAGUGACGUGCAUUGUCCUGCCAGCUGAGAACAAGAAGGACUUCUAUGACCUGGCUGCCUUCAUCACGGAGGGCCUGGAGGUCCACUUCGUGGAGCACUACCGCGAGAUCUUCAACAUCGCCUUCCCCGAGGAGCAGCCAGAGGCCUUGGCAGUGGAGCGGUGACGGCAGCCCAGGCUCUGCUGGCAUGGACGGGCCCAGCUGGGCCAAGGAGCUCUGGACCGCUGAGCCACCAGGAGGCUCAGCAGAGGCCCGAGUUGAAGGACCUCAAUUACGGCUUAAUCACGGCGUCUACCACAUAUGAACUAUUUAAUUAUGAUUAAAAUCCCUUUCCAGUA